AUUAGCAGGGUCGGGGUGAGAGGCGGCUCCGGGAUGCUCCGUGCCCCGGGAAUGUGCUGCCAGAGGCGGACACGGGUUCGGUGGCGGCUGGGGAUACCCUCCGGGUCAGCUGGCUUCUCCCUCGGGAUGCUACACCUGGAGCUCCCCAGUUUUCCUCCUGGCACAAGGGGAAUUUGGGGGCUGCCACCGGGUUGGGGGGGGUUGGUUUUAAGCAGGGCAGGAUCCGGGUGGGAAGCAGCAUGGGAUGAGGCGGGAACCCAUGGGGGUCUUUGCCGGUGUCUCCUGGCAGACAGCGGCGAUGCCGAGCUGGAGCUCUCGGCUGUACGGCACCAGCCCGAGGGGCUGGAGCAGCUGCUGGCGCGGACCAAGUUCACCAAGAAGGAGCUGCAAUCCCUUUACCGCGGCUUCAAGAACGAGUGUCCCAGUGGCCUCGUGGACGAGGAGACCUUCAAGCUCAUCUACUCGCAGUUCUUCCCCCAAGGCGAUGCCAGCACCUAUGCGCAUUUCUUGUUCGACGCCUUCGACUCCGACCACAACGGGGUUCUCUGCUUCCAGGAUUUUGUCGUCGGCCUCUCUGUCUUGCUGCGGGGGACGGUGCACCAGAAGCUGAAGUGGGCUUUCAACCUCUACGAUAUUAAUAAAGAUGGCUACAUCACCAAGGAGGAAAUGCUGGAGAUCAUGAAGUCCAUCUACGACAUGAUGGGGCGCUGCACCCACCCCACCCUGCGGGACAGCGCACCUGCCGAGCACGUGGAGCUGUUCUUUCAGAAGAUGGACAGGAACGGUGACGGCAUGGUGACCUUUGAGGAGUUUCUGGAGACAUGCCAGAAGGUGAGGAGCUCGGGGUGGGCUUCGGCAUCACUGCCAUCCUCCUCCUCCUCACUGCCAGGCCUCCGAGUCCGAGCCAUAACCUUCUUCCUUGUCCUGUCCCAAAACAAUGCGCUGGGGGCGUUGGGAGAGAUGGGGGCCGACAACUCCGGUCACCCUGGGGCUGAUGGGAGGAGGGGGACCAGGGGCUCUGACCUCUCCCUCCCACCCUGUCCAGGACAAGGACAUCAUGAGCUCCAUGCAGAUCUUCGAGAACGCAAUCUAGAACCCUGGUCCACCUGCUCGGCCCCACCAGUGCCUCUGCGAGUGGCUGAGGGGAAUCUUUUUCUACUAUUUCAAUCAAAACAAGAGGUUGAAAGAAAGAAGAAAACAAUCCACCUGGCUCCUGGCACUCCAAUUACAAGAGACGAGAAGAAAUAAGGACAAUGUUGCUGGCUUGUCCGCCUGAGCCCUCCCCAGCACGGCGCCUGGUGGUGCGGCCCCCCCAGCCAGACCCACUCUGGACGGCACAGCCCCCCCAGCAAGGAUCCCUCUGCCCCAGGUGGAGGAGGUUACCUCGCCGCAGCACAAACCCAGACCCCUUCUCCCGGGAUGUGACCCUCCAGGGGGAGGGUUUCUGUGCCGCAGCCACAACACGGCAGCUCUCGAAGGCCAACUGAGAGCACACAAACCUCCUCUCCCCUGCCAUGCAUGGCUCAAGGGGACACACACAGUGACCAGAGGCCGCUCCCCACAUUCCAGCGGUACUAGGAGAGAAGGUUGAUUUUCUAAAUAAAACAAAUGGUGAUGAUUUA